UGUGCGGCGGAACCUUUGUCUCAGAGGCGGAAAUGGUGUCCACGGUCCAGAACACCGACGUGAAACAGAAAGAUGCUGAUCGUGCACUGGUUGUCGCGGUAACGUCUGGUGCAGUGUUUGAUCCUGGAGCAGGUGAUGGUGGUGUUGGUGUGUACGGAAUGGGCGUGGCUUUCCCGCUGCUGCAGGCGUUGCAGAGAGUGAACGAACGUCUGCUGCAGGAAAAUCCGGAUGAGUCGCUGUUGUUUGAUGUCGUUCUGAUCACCACUGACAGCCAGCAACAGCAGCAGAGCUCCCGCAUCAUCAGCAGCACCAGACAUUACGGUCUUGAUGUCGGCCGGUUCUGCUUUUCCAGCGAGGAGGAUUUCAUGGAGAGUUUACUGAAAAAUAAUGUUCAGCUCUUCCUGUCGACGGACAGAAACGAGACGCUGCAGGGGUCGCAGAAAGGUGUUCUCUCGGCGGUGCUGGACCGACAGGAAGCUCCUCCAGAGCAGCUCAGAGUGAUGUUGUGCGGAGACGCCAUCGUCCGGCACGACACGGUCCCAGAGCCGCCGAGCCAAAAGGCCGCUCAGAGUUUCUCGGCUCAGCUCGGCGAGAUGCGGCGGAGGUUCGGCAUGUUGGACAGCCCCCUCAGCGUCGUCCUGGUGACGUCGAGCGGCGGCAGGGAAAGCUGCGGCGUCGCCCUGCGGACGCUGAGAUCCCGCGGCCUGAGCGUGGACGAGGCCUACUGUCUGGCCGGGGCCCCGCGGAGCCCCAUCCUGUCCCUGCUGCGACCUCACUUCCUGCUCAGCGAUGGACUGGGGGACUGAUGACAUCAUGUACUGUCUCAUGACCUCACCAAAACUCCACUGUGUCUUUGAAACAAGUUGCCAAAUCCUCAGUCUGAACUCCCAACUUAAACAAAUGUGUUUCAGCUCAUUGAGCCUUAAAGAGCCAAUCAGUGAUAACGGAUGUAAAGCUAAGCCCCGCCCACCACCAACAUUCCAACCACAGGAUUGGACAUUGUCACACAGCAGUAAAUUGGUUGUAAAUCUUUUGAUAAAAUGAAUUUUUUUUUCUAGCUUUCUAAUUGGACGAUAUAAAUAAACCUGAAAGAAUCACAAACUCUAUUAUUGUUUAAUUAACUGUAUUAUCACUUUAAAUCUGAUUCUGUUAUUGUGGUUGACCUUUGAACCUUAAUGCUGGGGCUGCUUCCGUUUCAUUAUAUUCACUUAUUUUUAAGUUUCUGUCUGUUUAGAAACAUUCCGAAUCUUUUGUCUGUUACUUUGCGUUUCCUUGCGCCUGUAUGUUUUUAUGACUGUCUGUGUGUUGAGCUUCUCCGUGUCCUCUUCUGCUCCGUCACUUAGUUUUAAACUCAGCUCAAAACUGAUAAAACAGCCUCAUCUCUUUCUAAAGCUCUGUAUGUUUUAACUGUGAGAUACUAAAACGUUUUUGUAUCUUGUGCAUGCAACAUAAA